UUCUCCGUGCCCAAAGAGGAAAACACGGGAGGCACAGACAGAUCACCGGCGAGAUUCCGUCUCGCUGCAGCGAAUCUACCCCUCGCAUAGCUUGUCAGUCGGUGUUAAUUUGAAGAAACAGUUUCAUCAGUUGCUGCGGGGAGUCUCGUCGACUUGCACACGCACCGGCGACCAUGGCUAAGGACGGCCACUGUCCACUCGCCGACCCCGGCGUUACCUACUCGGUGUCUGUGUUCGCUUAUCUAGGACUUUUCUUCGCCGUCUACCUCCUUUGCCGCAUCCUGUACGCGCUAUGGCAGGGAUUCUACACCUGCUACCUGGCCCGCUGGCUGGGCCACAACAUCAACCUUCGCAAGAUGGGCGAGUGGGCUGUUGUCACGGGUGCUUCAGAUGGCAUUGGCCGGGCAUACUGUGAAGAGCUUGCAGCACGGGGCCUCAACAUUGUGCUCAUCAGCAGGACGCUAGAGAAGCUCGAGGCAGUGGCUCAUGACAUUGAGGAGGCAUCCAAUGUUAAGACCAAGGUUAUUGCUGUCGACUUCACAUCCAGUGGUGAUAUUUACGACACGAUCCGGAGGGAAUUGCAGGGUCUGGAGAUCGGAGUGCUUGUGAACAAUGUUGGCGUCAGCUACGUUUACCCCGAGUUCUUCAGCGCAGUUCCCGAUGGCGACAAGGUCAUGGACAGCAUCAUCAGGGCCAACUGUGUUGCUGCAACCAUGAUGACUCGCAUCUGCCUGCCUCAAAUGGAUGAGCGUCGCCGCGGAGUCAUCAUCAAUGUGUCGUCCAUCUCCGGGAUGCACCCACUGCCCCUGCUCAGCGCGUACGCCGCCUCCAAGGCUUACCUGGACCGCCUGUCUCAAGGGCUUCAUGCUGAGUACAAGGAUCGUGGCAUCUUUAUCCAGUCCGUGAUGCCAGCGUACGUGUCCACAAAGAUGUCCAAGAUCCGCAAGGCCACCUACAUGGUUCCAACGGCCACCACCUACGUCCGCGAAGCCCUCGACACUGUCGGUGUUGAGCACGCCACUUACGGCUAUGGUCCACACAAAGUCAGGGCUCUGGUCCAGCGGAAGCUGAUGGAGUGCCUGCCCCACAACGCGUUCAUGAACAUCUCGAAAGCCUCCCUGCUCCAGAUCCGCAAGCUCUACUACAAGAAGAAAGGCAUCGAGGACACUUUCCUGGGAAAGCGUAGCUCCACCGCGAGGGCCGCAGAGGGCGACGUGGGAGAGCAGAUCAAGAGCCAGUGAAACAGAGCCGAAGGCGUCGUCUAUCAUUUUCAAGCUUCUCAAGCGCACGUUGGCACACUGCAACAACGUGCACAAACUCAUCACUUUUUCACUUGUAAUGAAUGCUCGGAUUUCUGGAAAGGGGGGUAGUGCUACUACUACUACUACCGCUGUUGGGGAAGGGAGGUUCUACUUUUUGUCUCGUCCCUUUUUUUCUUACACCCCCGUUCUGAUUCUUGCCUUGCAUUUGUCGUCUUGCGUUUUUGAACAUUUCUGAGGGGGACCUUAUAGUCAACGUGUUCCGAUGCCUUGCAUUCCAUAUUUCAUUUGUACAGAGACGUGCUGUGCUUUCUUUCUUUUUUUUGUUUGUGGCUUUUUUUUGCCAAUUUUUGUCACCUCGUGAAGAGGUCAAUAAAGGUUUUGUAAAGUGUA